CACCAAACUGCAGUAGAUCGCUUAUCGCUGGUAAAAAUUUUCAAGUCGAAUAAACUUCUACAGCCAAGGUAAGACAAUGAUUAUAUGUAAUGAAUGUUAAUUUCCUGAGAUUCUACCACAUUCAUGCAAGUAUACUACUAAUGCCACAAAGCUGACACCUCUUUUUAUAUUUUAUAUUUGAUAUUAACAAUUAUACAACGCAUGGAAACUAAACUAGGCCAAAAUGUUGUUCCCUUGGUUGUUUCUGCAAAAUUUAGUAUAUAUAGUCGAAAACUAACUUAAAUAGUAUAGAAAACGUAUAAGUACAAAGUUUCAAUUUCUUAAUCGUAAAUAUAAGCGCGAUUGCGCCUCGAAACAUAAGCGCGAUUACGCCGCACCUAGUAGGCAGGCGCCGCAUUUAAAUUUGUUAGCCCAAAAAGUUUUGAGUAAAAACCUCUACUAACUCAGUAACGAAAGAUCUCAACAUAGGUUGAUCCUUUGAUCGUAUACAUAUACCGUUGCAUAUCUUUCUCGCUGAACUGUACGUUUCCAGAUACCCGGAGUUAAUGGUACAGCCAUACUACUCUAUGUAACUUUAAUGAUUUAAUCAUGUGGUACACGCGAUAUAUACUAUAAAUACACUAGAAGAUAGCAUUUAUUAAUAGAAAAGUCCGAAGGCUUUGCUUUUUCGUAGAAAAUAUAUGUUAUUCUUGCAGUUUCAGUGUGUCCAAAAUCAAUUAGUGCCCGAACAAAUUCCGAGUACGUCAAAUAUGAAUGCAUGGACUUCCAAUUUUCUCUUCCUUCAGUCCAUAUCUUAGAUAUUUUCAAGAUUCAUUUCUUUGGAAACUGUUUUAUUAUAUUUUAUACUGUUGCCUUGUGUUUUAGCAUUCCUGUUGGUGUUUAAAUUGAUUGAACCGCAAUUUAAUUUAAUUUAGUUGAACCGCACUUUUUCCUUAGAGGCUUAGAGCUGCUUUAACCGUCAAUUAUAUAAUUGUAACUAGAUAGCUGCGAAUGGAUAUUUCAUGCAUGAGGGAAACACAAAAAAAAACAUGCGCGUGAGUUUUUAUAUCUCUAAUAUAUCUGAUACAAAAUUAUGCUGAUUUACAUAAGGCCACUCCAAAUAAGUGAUUGGCAGAAGAUCUAUUUGAUAAAAAUUUGGCCGGAUAUUUGUUUUCUUUGCUUAUCUAUUCCCUUUGGGGGUACGUUUUUCCCAUUAGGUAUUUUAUACUUAGUGGGGAUGUUGCGACCUAUUGAUCCCAAUUUAUUUUUGAAAAUAAAUUAGUCCAUAAAAUAGAUAUUAUAAUACAACUAUAGUAGAUUCAUAUAUGUCAGAUAACUGAGUAAUUAGAAACCUGUGAUUCAAUACCUCUCUUCAUUCAUCAAAAUAUCAUAUUAUUGUCCAUGACAAUACCACUAUCCACAAUUCAGUUUACGAAGACAUAAUCUAUACUACAGUAUAUCGUUGUUGAUAGUAGUCAUGCAUCAACGGCUCACUUCACCACUGUAAUCAAAGGAUUUACCCAGGGUUUAUGUUAAGAAAAAUUUAGAACUGCACAUAUAGGGAUCGGCUGCGAAAGCAACGUGUGUUUGACUGAGGGGAGGGGGCCGGGCUCAAAGGAUUUUUUUACCAGCAUAUAGGUGACAGAAUAAUGGUGUGGUUGGGUGGGAAGAAAGGCCAGACAAACUCGAUUUUGGGUGCAAUUUAAGAGCUAUGGGGGUGUUCCCCAAAAAAGUUUCAAAAUGGCUCUUUUCAUCAAAUCACAAUGCUUGAAGGUUUAUUUUAAUUAGAUGUAAUCACUCGCAGAGAGCUAGCUUGCGAGUUGGUUUUGCAAUGAGUGGAAAAGAGCCUUAAGUGCAUGUUUGUGCGGAAAAUAGGAGGGUCUGGGAUCCUCCCAGGGACGCCGGAACGAUAAUAGGGCAAAGGGGGGCGGACGCACACCAAGGGCACCUUUACCAAAAAAAUUUCGAUCAGUGUACCAUUUUAGGGGUCAAAAAUUUUUUUCUGGACAUACAAAAAUUUUCCGUGAAGCCAAAAAUUUUUCCGGAUAUCUUAAAUUUUCGCCAUUUCUUCAAAAUAUGUUUCUAAAUUCAAAAAAUUUCCCAAAAUUUUUAUAAAUAUAAACUAUAAAUUACCUGAAUCUCGUGAUUUUCCUACAAAAAGCAUCGUUGGAAAUGUGAUUUAUCACGUAUUAUUUUACAACUAAAAGGGCACUUCUGCCCCCCCUGCCCCCCCUAGCAAAAGGCAAGGGGGGCAGCCGCCCCCCCUGCCCCCCCAGUUCCGGCGUCCCUGGAUCCUCCCCCAGAAGACGUUUAUAUUUUGAUGCUCGUGAAUGACAGCAUUUCUGGAAUUUUCUGGAGCGUCCACAAGGGUAACGAGUAAAUGAGAAGAAUGUUUUAAGGUUAUAAUUCGUUGGUAACUACACAUUUGUGUUCUAAGAACUACACAAAUGGGUCUGCACAUUUUGUGUAGGACUGCAUGUUAAAAUAAACCCUGGAUUUAUCAGUCGUACUGGUUAUUGAAAUUAUUUCUUGAUAUUUUAGAAGUCAUUUCCCGAUCAUUAUGAAAGCAGGAAUACUUGCAGUCGUUGUACUGGUACAACUUAACAUAAUAAAUGUCCACGGUUGGUUUUGGAGCUGUAACCCAGGCAAAGAGGGUGAUGGCUGUUCAUUAUUUUGCCCAUGUGGUGGCGAUUUGACCUGCGAGGCAUGGUAUCAUAAAUGUCGUGCUCCAGGAAAGAAGGGUGAUUCGUGCCACGCGACCAAGCCUUGCGGUUCUGGCCUGACCUGCGAGGCGGGCAGUCAUAGAUGUCGUGGUCCAGGAAAAGAGGGUGAUUCGUGCCAUGCGACCAAGCCUUGUGGUUCUGGCCUGACUUGCGAGGCAUGGCAUCAUAAAUGUCGUGCUCCAGGAAGAGAGGGUGAUUCAUGCCACGCGACCAAGCCUUGUGGUUCUGGCCUGACUUGCGAGGCAUGGCAUCAUAAAUGUCGUGCUCCAGGAAGAGAGGGUGAUUCAUGCCACGCGACCAAGCCUUGUGGUUCUGGCCUGAAUUGCGAAUGGAUCAGACAUAAAUGUCGUGCACCUGGCAAGUUGGGUGAUUUAUGCCAUAUGCCGACCAGGCCUUGUGGGCCUACUUUGAGCUGUCAUCCUGGACUACCAAGGAGGUAGGUUAGUCAACGCAGACCAAUAUAUUAACAACUCAAAAAGCAUUUGAAAUAUUUUUUGCAAAAAUUCAAUACUGCUUUAUUAGUAAAUUCAGAGUCGUGUUGCAUGUGCGCCGAGGUUGAAUUAUAACAUGUAAGGCAUGUAGCUGAGACUGGCAAGAUUAGAAUAUGCAUAUGAAAGUAUUCAACUGUUCAAUCAUUAUUUGAAUAUAUAUGCAAAACUUUGCUCAGAAAAUAUGAGAAAUUAGAAAAUAUGAUCCUUCAAAUGUACCUUUCUUUAUCAGUUUUGCCUUACACAGAAUAUGCUAGAACAAAAACAAUUGGAAGGUAUUUCUAUUAUGGCUACAAGUCAAAACACAAAUUAUAAUUGAACAGUUCAAUGUUUUGAUAUGAUUAUAUUAUAUCAGCUGCAUGUUAUAAUUUAUCCCGCUGCGGAACGAGUAGUCGAGACCACUGAGCUAUGUUAUUAGCCCAGUGGUUGAGACAACCUUGUACCCAGGCUCUUUCCGGAGAGCAUAGUGGAAAGAGCCUGGGUACGAGGUUGUGGUUGAGACUCUGAACGCCAUUAUUGUGAUGACGUGAACUCCAUACGAAUUGUGGCAGACUCCAAUUUCACGAGUUUCGUGUAAAUAUUGAAAAAUUAGUUUAUAUUUUAAGCAACUUUUUGGAUGAUUGCUUAAUCGAUCGAAUAGAUUUAAUUAUUACCCAUUGUACUUCGCUGUCGUUUUCUCAUUAGCUAAAAGCCUAAUAUACGGGGUGUCCCGAAAAACCCAAAACUAUUGAAAUAACGUAUUGGUAGAAUUUGAAUGCCUCAGGACUCUGUUGAACCUACAAGUGCAUAAAAGCUUGACAUAAGUAAAUUUUAUGCAUAAAGAAGCUGUUUAAAAGAAAGAAUGUUUGUAAGAGAGAUUUACAGGGUGAGUAAAAAAAACUGAUACCUUCGCGGCUAAUUUGAAUAACAAAGGUGUCAGUUUUUUUUUACUCACCCUGUAUGUAAUACGCUGCAGCGUUAUUAAAAAUAAAAAGUCGUUGUUCUGUGGUGAGUGAACCAUUUUCGCCCGAACUGAUAAUACGACUAAUUUGUAAUUUUAAUUUGUCAUUUUGCCUUUAGAAUUUAAGAAACCGCCUUAAAUUCCCAAGAGUAGAUAAUCGUGCUCUUUACAAAGAUAGUAUACACUUAAUGUCUGCUCCCGAGGGAAAUAGUUAGUUUUGUUUUCCCGAGAGUCUCGGCAAUGUUUCCCGAGACGAAGUCGAGGGAAACAUUGAGAUUCGAGGGAAAACAAAACUAACUAUUUCCCGAGGGAACAGACAUUAAGUGUUUUGUUAUAUAGCGACGAACAAAAAUCAACUUCAACAACAUUCAUAUACAACAAUUGUUUUUCGCGGCAAAAACUCUAUAGAGUAAACGAGUUUAAAAUUAAAGAACCUACUUAAACGGUUUCGGCAGCAUAUCCUGUUUCCUGUUCUGUAUUUUUCUUCCCUUUUACAUUCUUUAUUUGAACACAAACUUGGAAAAUCGUAGUUUCUAAUUAUCGUAGUUGUGCCGCCAUUUUGUUUAUUUAUGCACGUGGCCGGUCGUGGCGGGCAACAAUUUUUCACUUGUUGCCCGGCGGGAAACAUUGCAUUUAUCUGAAGUCACAUGACCACAAAUCAGCCAAUCACGUUUGGUGUUCACGCUAGCUAUAUAACAAUUUAAUUUAUUAAUAGGUCAAUAUUUAUAUUAUAUGCACACUUGUCAAUAUUUUACGCCCCUUUGCGUUCAGCUUAGUGCCAGGGCAUUCAAAUUCUAACAAUACGUUGUUUCAAUAGUCAGUUGGGUAUUUUUGGGACACCCUGUAUAUGGGUAAUAUGCUAAUAUCCUCAUGUUUUGCACACGAAUAUAUUCUGUACAGUUGGCAUGUACAUUGAAAUGGAAUAUAAUUUAUUGAACACUUGAAUGGCAAUUUGCACAAAUACCAACAACCUCGUCCCCAGGCCCAAGCUCGGGAGGGCCGCCCGAGCUUGGGCCUGGGGAUGAGGAUGAAAUACUAGCCGAAAAACUCAAGCUAUACGAUUAUAUAGAUUUAAAAUAAUUAAAUUAGAUGAUAAUUAAAUAUGUAUAACAUUAGCUAUGAAUCACAUCAAUCGUCCUAUGUAAAAUAUCAAAGCAAUAAUUAUUAAAACUGGCUCAAAUGUUAAAAGUCUAAUUUAAAACAUCCGAUUUCCUAAUACAAUAUGGCAAGCGCCUGUCAUCAGCUAAAUCUUUAGUCCGAGAUUUGAACAAUGGGAUAUUCCAAGCGUUGUAGUCGGGUAAAGAUUUCAUCAUCUACCUAUACUAUCCAGCCUCGUGGUUGGGUGGUUAUAACAAUGAAAGACAAUAAAACUAUAGAAAUCGUCUUUCUAAAGAACGAGUCACGAACAAUGCUCAUUUUUUUUUUCGCAAAGCCAAUUGGCUUUCAGAAACAAAAGUGAUCAUUGUUCGUGACUCGAAUAUGUAGAAUUUCUUGAUUUCUUCUGGCAUUUUUUUUUUUGGGGGGGGGGGGAGUUUCUCCAAGUCUAAUAAACUAAUACAAUUGUAUCACUGUAGUUGACAAUGUCUUCCCCCUCCAAAACAUUCCACUUUCUGCCGCCCCUGAUGUUAAAUUAUUCAGAUAUAUCGACUGACGACCGAUUCCUUUUCAAUUCCUAGAUGUUAUCAUGAUCCGAGGGAGGAAGGUGAACCCUGUUGGGCAGGAGUACUUGGGAGUUAUGGAUGUAAAACGGGUCUGGUCUGUCGACUCCGGUUGAAUAAGCUAAUCUGUAUGCGAUAGGAGGCAAAGAUGUGGAACCAGACGAGAUUGCUUUUACUAUUUAGAUUACAUUGAUAUUGAUUGGAUUACAUAUCCACUAUGAUUGACUUUACCAGGCUUGCAAAUUACCAUUAUAUAUAACCUGAACCAUAAUUUAUUGAUGCAUUUAGAACUGGUAGAUAUUAGAGGUGUGCAUCGGAUCGGAUUGGAUAUUUAUCCAAUUGGCUAAAGUUUAAAAUCCAAUCCGAUCCGAUCCAAAAUGAUCUAAUCCGAAUCCGAUCCGAGUUUUGAUAAAGAAUUCCGAUCCGAUCCGAAGAACCUUUAAAUUUCGGCUCAUUCAAGUGGAAACAUUUAACCAAAUAAAUAUAAAAGCAAUAAAUACAUGUCAAGAAGCUGACAAAGUGACGUCCAAUUGAAGUAUAGUUAAAAAUAAAAUAGUUAAUUCAUUUUAUUUCGAAUAUCGAAGUCCGAUUCGAUUCAAUCAGACUAUACGAAACAACUCUAUCAAUCCGAUCCAAUCCAGAAUAUUUUUGUUCCGAAAUCCGAACAAAUCGGAUUCUGAUUCGGAUCGGAUUUGCACACUUCUAGCAGAUAUAUAGUCAGUCUUAGAUGCAUUGCAGUGGUUCUAACAUGACCAGCCGAAAUACAUCAUGAUAAUUUCUAAAAAAUAUGAAAAACGUUUAUUAAACCUACUUUGUCCAUUGUGCAACAGAUAUUAAUAAGUGUCCGACCAAUUUUUGUCUUGGCCGGACAUUUGUCCAAUUAUUUGCAGGCCUCCUAUACAAUGUUAUGAAUUUUGUGAAAUCGAAUACAGUGUUUAUUAAAAUUACAAUUUUCCGAUUAUGUUCAUUAUUUAUGCAAAAUGUUUAUCUUUUGUGCAACAUAAUUGAUCUCAGUCUGA